AUGACCGAAAUCGAGCGUUCCGCCGAGGUGGCUGAAAUCUUCGCACAGGAUACGGAUCUCAAGGCACAAUUCGAGACGUUGAGCAAGUUAUGUAACAAGUACUUGCCGGUGAACGCGAUUGGACGAGUGGAUACGAAUGAGAUUAUUAAAAUUAUUGAUACAGUAAUCGCAUUGGAGACGGGAAGUAUGGUUGUGUCGAGACAAUUCGUGUCACUUAUAACCGAACGACUGGAUAAUCCGAAUCUGGAAUCAGAAUGUAUCAAGCUGAUUGCCGAGGGAAUUCUGUCGAUAAUCAAGACACGCACGAUUUCGUAUGAGGAUCAGGUCUGUAUUCUCCGUCUUAUGCUGGCAAGUCUCUACGAGAAAGAGGGUCGAAUCAAGGACGCCGCUCAAGCUCUCAUCGCAAUCAACUCGGACACUUCACCAAAAUUCAACUCUCCACAGGCGACAAAAGAGGGCGCAAAGGCACUUUUAUGCAUUCGAAUCACAAAAUUGCUGCUAGACUGUGCAGAAAUCGAUGAGGCGGAGCAAUAUGUGAAUAGAACGUCUCUCCUGAUGAUAGAAGUCGGCUCAACAGCGAAUCCAGAGAUCCAAAUCGAACAUAAAGCACUCCAAGCGAGAGUUUGUGACGCGAAACGGAGAUUUGUGGAGGCGGCGCAGAGAUAUUAUGAGCUGUCUGUCACGGAGCAACUCCCGAUGUCCGAUAGAAUUACAGCACUCGGAAAAGCGAUCGUUUGUGUGCUUCUAGCGAAGCCAGGACCACAGAGAUCACGUCUUCUGACGAUAAUCUUCAAAGAUGAACGGGCGCCGAAUUGUCCGUCAUUUGAGAUCAUUGCGAAGAUGUAUCUGACUAAAGUGAUUCAUAAAGACGAGUUGGCCGAGUUUGAGUCACAACUCCAACCGCAUCAGAAGGCCGACGAGCACGGUGAAUCGAUUCUGAAAGGAGUGAUUCAGGAGCAUAAUAUCACGGCUGUCAGUCAGUUGCAUAUUAAUAUCAAGUUCAAGACGCUCGGCAUGUUGUUAGGUGUGGAUACUGAUGCGGCGGAAUCGAUGGCUGGUGAGAUGAUCGCUUCGGAACGUCUUCACGGAUACAUCGACCAAACGAAUGGAGUCCUCCAUUUCGAAGACGCCAAUCCGAUGCGUGUUUGGGAUGGACAGAUCCUUGGAACACUGGAACAAGUGAACAAAGUCAGCGAUAUGAUUGUCGCCCAACAUCCCCAAUUCGCCACCUUUUUAUCCUAA